AUGACUUCUGAACUGCAAGAAGCCGCUAAAAUCCUUGUUGUUGAUGAUGAACCGAGAAAUGUCAAAAUUCUCCAAAUUCAACUCAAGGCGCGAGGGUAUACGGUUUAUACAGCCGCAGAUGGACUUGAGGCACUUGAUGUUGUCGAGAAAGAGAUGCCAGAUCUCAUCUUAUUGGAUAUCAAUAUGCCGAGAAUGGACGGUUUUGAAGUUGUUAAACAAAUUCGAACAAAUGAAGCGACUGAGUUUAUUCCGAUUGUGAUGAUAACCGCGCUACGCGAUACACGUGAAAAUCGAAUUAAGUCCAUUGAAGCAGGUGCCGACGAUUUUAUUGAGAAGCCUUUUGAUAGUUUGGAAGUGCUGGCACGGGUCCGAUCCCUACUACGAAUUAAACAGUACCAGGACACGCUCGCAAAAUAUAACGCUCGUUUAGAAGAAGAGCUCCAAAUGGCACGGAGCAUUCAGGAAAUACUAAUUCCGCAGAAUGGGGUAUUGGAAUUAUCCGGAUUUCGUAUCGCUUCGCGUUGCUGUCCUGAAAUGGCAGUCGGUGGAGAUUUCUUUGAUAUAUGGGAAGUCGCGCCGAACCGUCUCGGCGUUUUUAUUUCUGAUGUUAUGGGACACGGCGUUUCAGCUGCGUUCGUAACAGUUUUUAUUAAAACGGUUUUGGCGGAAUUCCAGCAACAGGUUGUGGAUAAUCCAGGAUACCUGCUUGAAAUACUAAAUACUCGUUUUAAUGAUUUGAUUAGUUCACGGUUGUUUAUGUUUGCAACCGCCUUCUGCGGUAUCAUUGAUCUCGACAAAGAACAGUCUGCUGCGAAACUCAUCGCUAACAUCUCGGAGGCUAUUGAUGUCUUUACCGAGACCUGUCCUAAAGAAGACGAUCUAACGCUUAUUGCUAUUGAGGAAGUAGUGAGCGAGACGGAGACUCCAGAAGCUGUGCAAGCAGCUUCAGCAACCGAUGCAGGCGUUGAGGGUCAAGAAGAAGUCACGGGUAGUGAAGAGCAAGUGCCUGCUGGCGAUACUGAUUCUAAGCAAGCUGAUGAGACUACCCCCGAAGAGGCGGUAGAAGUAAUCGCGAGUGAUACUGAUUCUGAGGAAACAACAACGCUCACCGAUGAUACAGCGUCUGAAGAGGCGGCAGAAGUAAUCGCGAGUGAUGCUGAUACUGAAGAAGCAGCAACGCUUACCGAUGAUACCGCGCCUGAAGAGGCAGCGGCUGCACCGGAAGAGUUGUCGGAACCGAUGAGUCCGGAAUCUCUUGAGGAAGCGUAUGAUAAUUCGAUAAAGGCGUUUACGGACGGAGAGAUUGUUAAAGGUGUUGUCGUAGAUGUCAAUCGUGAUGAGGUAAUGAUUGAUAUCGGCUUUAAAUCUGAAGGCUAUAUCCCCGCAUCGGAAUUUGAGCCUGGGCAAGAGGGGGCACCUGCUGUACAGGCUGGCGAUGAAAUCGAUGUCUAUAUCGUGCGUCGCGAGGAUUCCGAAGGACAAAUAGUCCUUUCAAAGAAAAUCGCCGACCAAACGCUCAUUUGGGACGAGAUAGCGACUGCGCAUGAGACCGGUGCCCCGCUGCAGGGCCAUAUCACUGAACGGAUUAAGGGUGGAUUGCGAGUGAGCGUCGGAUCCCUACGCGGCUUUUAA